AUGCUAUUCGAGAACCAGGAGGUAGACGCGGGUGACUUCGGUACCUGCGCUAGACGCUCACCCUGCUGGGAUUGCCAGUGCAGAGAGCAGGUGUUGUGGCAUAAUCCCAGAGGAACAACCAAGGCAUUGAGCUCUAACUUCACGAUAGGCCUGAGCACACUCGGCCUCACUUUGAGAGCCGCCAUUCCCACACAUACCCAGACUGCCGGCGGCGCGGUCCUUGGCUUGGAAGGGCAUCGGCAUCCCGCAUGCGCCAUCCAAGCCAGAAGCUCAGAAGGCUGCAGAGCCCAAUCAGGUGACUCGCGAUGUGUGAUUGCAUCACUUCCACCUACUGACACCUCGCAAUUGGAGCCAACGAGGCAGGCAGGCGUCGCCACAGAAAACAUAUGCGCAGCCGAGUUGAUCAAACUAAUCACCACGCGUCAGCGACGAGUCUUUUUGCAGCAUCGUGGUGGAAUGCGAAAUCUUCAUAACUCACGCAUUCUGCCCGUCGAUGACUCGGCUGCUCGCGUGGUCGUGAGAAGAGACCAGCUCGCCGGUCACUCAUUAAUUAUCCAGCCAGCCAGCAAUCCUCGUUUCAACUUUCGGCAGAUCCACCUCUUCCCUCUCAUCAUAUUCAUCAGCGCCAAACGUCGGCUCAAGCAGAAAGCAGACAACAUAUCCCUCGCCACAACACAAGCACAAGCACUGCCGUCCCCAGCCUCCGUCAUCCCGGCCGACUCCGCCUCUCAGAACCCGCCACCAGGAGGCUACCUGCUGGGAAAUUACCUCACCGACCGGUACUGGGAGAAGGGCUGGGAUACAUAUCAGAAAUACGUCAACGGAAAGAAAGUCGAAUCCGUCUACACACCGUACGAGAAGCGCAAGCACGGGGGCACUGCCGGACACCCACGCUCUGCUUCAUCAUCAUCCUCGUCUUCGUCGUCGAACAGCCGUGUCGGCCGUCGGUCAGCACCCGAGCCACCGCCGCCGCAAACGCAAGGCCAUUCCCUGACUGUAAAGUCACCAGAUUCAGGUGGUGGCGUUGCUCAGCGAAUAGCUCGGCCUGAGCUUACCGGUUUACCAGGCGCAGUUGCGCUCGCUCAGCUUCCCACAGACGUCCGCCCAAGUACUUACCACUCCCGAGAAGAAGGCUCCCGCCGUCUUCAAGCUGAAUAUCUUCCCAUCUCUGAGCGCGACGUAGGAAAAGAGCAUACUCGCGGCGCUAGUACGUUGCUGCAACAAGAGGAAGAGUACAGCAAAGAGAUUCGACGCCAGUACCGAGCUGAAACCGACGAUCCCCGGAGACCAGCAGCAGAAGUUCUUCCAAAGAAGGACCUCUGGACUCUAGACGAACUAGAUCCACCGAACAAUCGACAGCUCAGCAUAACAGGACCUUCAAGCAAGCGCGAAAGCAUUCUCAAAGACUCGGCCGCGUCGAGACGAGACAGCGCCGUGAUGGCAUCCGGAUACAACGACAACUAUAAUGGUAACACGCAGUACCAAGGCGAAGGUCGUGCACGCUCGGCGCAACCGCCAAAGAGUCGAUACUACGAUGACGACGAUAGCGAUUAUGACGAGCGUAGCGGAAAGAGGACCAGUGGUCGGGGUCGUGGAUGGGAUGAUCGAUACGACGAUCGCGACUACGACCGCGUAGAGGAGGUGACUGAGCGGUACAGAGGCCCUGUAAGUGCAGGACCACUCGUCGUUCGUCCAUCAACCCCUGUUGACCGCCCUUAUGCUACGCAGAGAGGCGACAGCUACCGAUCUGGAUACGAUGCACCAUAUGGAGCUGGUGCAGUAACACAGUACGGUCGUCGGUCAGAUGGUGCCCUUGAUCGCUCAGGAGAUCGCGAGUCGUAUGUCAGUCGCCGCUCCAAGUCUCGAGGUCGCAGCGAUCGCGACAGAUCUUACUCGCGAUCCCGUUCCCGAAGCCGAAGUAAUGAACGCGAGCGAGGCGAAGGAAUCCGUGGUAAGAUUGAAGAUGCCUUCGACACCUCUGGUCGUGGUCUUGCUACUGGUCUCGCCGGAGCUGUUAUUGGCGGGCUUGCAGGAAGGCAAUUUGGCCAGAGACAUCAGCAACGCGACAUACUGAUAGGCGCAGUCGUUGGAGGACUCGGGGCAAAUCUCGCCGAAAACAAGUACCGCGAAUGGAAAGAUGAGAAGCGGGAUCGGGAGGAACGAUGGGAGCAGAGAUAUGAUGGCCGCAGCAGGAGCAAUAAGCUGCAUCGGAAGGCCAUGACUAGAGAGCGAGAGCGACGCGACGGAGUCUCUUGGACCAAGCUUGAUGUUCUUAAACAUCGUCGCUCUCUUACAGCCUUUGGCCUGCCUGGUCGCGGGCAAUUUGCAGCAAAUCCGCCUGGCAGCAUUACCACUGUCUGCAACCGGAGCUCUAUCGUACAUCGCGGCUCCCCAAAUGCGUCAUGUCGUUCAUGUGAGACACGGACCCUUGAUCUCCUCGUGAACGUCCCCAUGAUCACAUUUCCCUGCAUUCCAUUCCAUUGCUUCCCUCGUUUACGCUACAGCCCCAGCGCUGCAUCCCUUGGUAUGGCCGCAGGUGACGCGCCAGUAAUACAACGUCCUCCCUCUCAGAGCAGCGGCGAAGGCGGUAUUGAGGAAGAAGAUGCACUCCUGACAGGCCAGCGAACCGGCAAAACCCCCGCCACGACGAGCACAUCACGGAAUGCGGAUCGAUAUCAGCGAUGGCGAGAAAUAGGACUAUUCGUAUGGGCGGUGAUAGCAACAGCCGUUGUGAUCGUGCUGGCUGUGGUGUGGCAGCACAACUCGCAGACAUCAGGCAAGCAUGGCGGCAGUGCAGGAAAAGGAGGAAAGAGGAAUCUCAUUUUCAUGGUCAGCGAUGGUAUGGGGCCAACAUCUCUUACCUUGACAAGGAGUUGGAGACAAUAUACAGAACAACUGCCUUGGGACGAGACCCUCAUUCUUGAUGAGCAUUUGAUUGGGCAGUCGAGGACGAGGAGUUCGAGUUCACUGGUCACAGACAGUGCUGCGGGAGCCACGGCGUUCAGUUGCGGGAAGAAGUCUUAUAAUGGAGCAAUAUCUGUACUGCCAAACUUCGAUCCCUGUGGGAGUGUUAUGGAGGCUGCGAAGAAGAUGGGAUAUACGACGGGACUGGUUGUUUACAACUCGGAUACAGAUGCUACGCCUUGCCGUAUUCGCCAGCCAUGUGAGGAGAAGAGAGAUGGAGGACGAUAUUGCACUGCAGAUGAUUGGCGAGACGCAUCCUUUGGGAAGAAUGGUGGAUCUUAUGAUUGGAGGUGGGAGGGAGGAUGCAGAGCUGAUGACAUUGAUGUGAUUGACGUUGCGGGAAAGAAGCAUGACUGGAAUUAUAUCGGCAAGCGAGACGACUUUGACAACUUGGGCACUGAUGCAAAGUUGCCGUUGCUGGCUCUCUUCGCGCCGACCGACAUUCCAUAUGAGAUUGAUCGUCGGCAUCAGGAAGACGUCUAUCCGUCGCUGGCAGAAACUGCGAAAAAGGCUUUGGAUAUCCUCAGCGCAGCAACGCAGGACAAGAAUCAAGGUUUCUUCAUCAUGAUUGAAGGCUCAAGAAUAGACCAUGCCGGUCACGCCAACGACCCAGCAGCACAAGUCCACGAGGUUUUGGCUUACGACCGCGCCAUGUCCGCCGUUCUCGACUUCAUCGAGCAUUCUGGUGUGCCGACCCUUAUGGUCAGCACAUCCGACCACGAAACGGGAGGUCUGGCCACAGCCCGUCAACUCCACGAGGAAUACCCAGAUUACCUCUGGUACCCUUCAGUCCUCGCAAACGCCUCCCAUUCCGCCUCGUACGCUGCUCAGGAAUACUACCUCCACCAACAGAAACGGGCAACGACAGCUAUCAUCGAGACAGAAUCCAAAGACGAAGAAACCUACCUCAAAUCUUUGAUCAAAUCAGCCCUCGGGAUCCACGACCCAACUUCCGCGGAACUCUCCUCCCUAAUCAACCACGAAUCCCCAGCCUCCUACAUCUUCGCCGACAUGAUCUCCCGCCGAGCCCAAACAGGCUGGUCAACCCACGGCCAUUCCGGCGCAGAUGUCAACAUUUACGCAUCCGACCCCGUCGCCGCAGAAGCUCUAAAGGGAAACCACGAAAACAUCGAAGUCGGCCAAUUCCUUCGAGAUUACCUUGGUGUGAAUGCGGAAGUGGAGAAAGUCACGGAGAAAUUGAAGAAGCAUAUGCAUAGCGUUGGCGCGGAAGCGUUUUUGGGCAGCGUUCCUGAGGAGCAAGAGAGGUUGGAUGGACAGGAUCAUUUGGAUGAGUAUCACGGCGAUCAUAAGACGAGGCAUAAGAGGAGGACAUGGUUUACACAUCGACGCCUUCGUCUCUGUGGGGAUCUGGAGAGCCUGGCAUAAAAAGACGAUGGCUCUUCUUGAAGCAUGGCUAGCCUGGAAUCAGAAGACGAUGGCUCUUCUUGAAGCAUUGCGCGGAAGGGCUUGAUGAGUCAAGAUUCGCACGGCCUAUGGGGAAGUCUAUCUCGCGGUAUUAUUGGAAUCGGACUAGAGGAGUUUUACUUACGAGGAAUGAACAAGAGCCUAAAGAGAACGUAUACCCUAGUAGUUAGUACUUCUGUAUACUUGGCUUCUUUCUAGACCUGAAUGAGAAUAUUAUCUAAC